GUGUGUACAAUUAUUGCUUACGUAUUUCCAACGAUUGCACAUCAAUUUUAUCAGCUCGCCAUGUCAGACGUCACUCUGGAAUCGACGAUCAAAGUGUUACAGAAAAUGUUAGCUGCUUUAUCUAUUUUAUGGAUAUACACUACUGUAUACUUUAGUUUCGUAAAUGUUCGUGUCAUAUUUGUUGUAUUAGCUUCGUUGUUCCUAAUAAAGGAAACAUUUAGAAACGUAGAAAGUGUAUUAAAUUUUCAGAUCAAACAAAUUUUUUCUCAACUUAAGCUCGAUUACGCUCUGAUGUCCGGUAAAGAUGAAUUUGAAAUUAUGCAUAAAUACAAUAAAGGGGGUAAAAUGUAUGCUUAUAUAGUUACGGGUUUUUUCAACAUCUAUUUUAUUGCAACAGUAACUCCCUGUAUUUUAAAUGUUUUCUUGUAUCACAUUGGUACUUCAGAGAAUGUUAACUUGACUUUACCCAUUCCCAUUAAUAAUAUUUCCAAUCCAGGGAUAUUAUAUUACACCUUACUCAUUUAUCAAAUUGUAGGAAUGUAUAUCUCAGUAAUCCUAGGGAGUACAUGUUUUUCAUUGUAUUUGGUAUUAGUGCAUCACGCGUGUUGUCAAUUAAGCAUUAUAAGGUAUGCGAUUUUCUCACAAAGGUUUCUUUUUUAUCAUAAGUAUCGUAAUAUGCUUAAACGAUGUUUUAAAACGUAUUUCUUAUAGAUUGAAAAUUGGUCAACCUUUUCGGGAUUACCAAAAAUUAAAUCAAAAGUUUAAGUGUGAUAAAACAAUUUGGGACGAAUUUGGUUGGAUAAUUGACAUAAUAGAACAUUAUAAAAAAGUCACGAUAUUUGUUGAUUUGCUUAAUCGUCUUUCGGAGAGUAUUUAUUUAUUUAUGAUAUUCAUUGGGGUGCUUCUCUUUGUCUUAAAUUUCCUGUAUAUGUUUCGAUUGUCAAUAAUUUUGAAAAAUAUAUGGGAAUUAAUAGAAUGUAGCAUAUACAUAUUCAGCUCUGUAAUUAUUACAUAUAUUCUUAUGUAUCUUGGACAGAAGCUUGUGAAUCAUUGCAUCCAAGCGUACACAGAAUUGUGUCAAAUUCCGUUUUAUAUGAUUUCUAUAAGAACCCAAAAAUUGCUGGUAUUAAUGAUAUUGAGAAGUUCGAAACCAUGCGUCCUCUCAUUGGGAAGUAUGUUUGUGUCGUCCCAUGAACUUUUCGUUGGGAUUAUGCAUAAAGCAUUCUCCUUUGCAAUGGCAUAUUAUAGUAUUCAUUAGCUUCAUCUUCGUUGAUCGAACAAAGCAUACCUUUUUUUCUAACAAAACGAAAAUGUACUAACUCGUAUUAAAUAAACUGAAUUUAGUAAACGUAAAUGUACACAAUUUUUAUUCAAAUUUCAUCCACUUCACAUGUCUGACUUUUAUGUAAAUAUACAGAUAUCGAUCUUCUACGA